CUUUGACCAGAACACAGGUUUACUUCAGUCAAGCAUAAUUUUGACCUUGGACUUAAGAACAAUAUUCAUGGACACAAGGAGAUAAUACAGUAAAAGUCAUUUAUUAAUCUGGGGGUUCAGGAGUAGAUGCUCUUUGCUCUCGUAGCUCUUUCACACACACACACACACACACACACACACACACACACACACACACACACACACACACACACACACACACACACACACACACACCGGGAUUGUAAAGCACUGAUAUGGUUUAUGGAGUCGUGUCUUUGGUGCUGCUAUGAAUGGACAGAUGAUGCAAAGCUCUGGCCUGGUCUUGCUCAGCCUGCUGGUAGCCUCAGCCUAUACUGGGAAGAUUCUGAUCUUCCCUGUGGAUGGCAGCCACUGGAUCAACAUGAAAAUCUUGAUUGAGGCUCUUCAUGCCAAAGGCCACAACAUUACAGUCAUUCGAUCUUCAGACAGCUGGUACAUUGAAGAAACAUCACCGUUCUACAAUUCCAUCACUUUAGGAAACUCAGCCAUUUUUGAGCAAAAUUUUAUCUGGAAAACUGUUAGCAGAUACUUGGAAAUUAUGAGAGAGGGUUCCACAUGGGCUCGCCUGAAACUCGAGAAGGAGAUGUGGGACACGGUCGGUGAAAUGGUGGAGAAAGAGAGAAGAAUGUUGAUCAGCAUGUUUGAAGACCAGAAACUAAUGCAGACUUUGAGAGAUGCUAAAUAUGAUGUGUAUCUUACUGACCCGGCUUUAAUGGGUGGUGUCAUUGUAGGUCAUUAUCUCAACCUGCCUCUUGUCUUUAAUGUCCGGUGGACCGUACAUCAUGAGGGACAUUUUGCAGUUGCUCCCUCACCACUUUCUUAUGUUCCACUGCCGAUGUUGGAGCUUUCAGACCACAUGAGCUUCUUUGAGAGAGUGUUUAAUGUUGUCAUGUACAUGGUAACUGAAUUACAGAUUCAUUUUUUUAUGGCUUCACAAUACAAUGAUGUGUGUAGUCAACUUCUUGGUCCAGGAGUAAACUACUUUGAAUUAGUUCAGGCAGCAGAUCUGUGGCUGUUCAGAGUUGAUUUUAUCUUCGAGUUCCCACGCCCUACCAUGCCAAAUUUUGUCUACAUCGGUGGUUUCCACUGCAAAGAAUCCAAACCUCUUCCACAGCAUCUUGAGGACUUUGUGCAGAGCUCUGGGGAACACGGUGUCAUUGUCAUGUCUCUGGGAACGAUGGUUGGUCAGCUUCCUCAUGAUGUAGCUCAUUUGAUAGCUGAGGCUUUUGCAGAGCUUCCACAAAAAGUUAUCUGGAGAUAUAAAGGGGAAAGACCUUCCACUGUGGGGAACAAUACUUUAAUAAUGGACUGGAUGCCCCAAAAUGAUCUCAUUGGCCACCCUAAGACCAGGGUAUUUGUGGCUCAUGGUGGCACCAAUGGAAUUCAGGAAGCUAUCUAUCAUGGAGUUCCUAUAAUCGGUUUCGGACUCGUCUGGGAUCAGCCCGACAAUCUUGCAAAAAUGAGGGUGAAAGGAGUCGCAAAGAAUGUGAAUUUUGCAACUGUGGACAAAGACUCAUUCCUUUUAACCUUGAAAGAAGUUCUACAUGAACCUUCAUACCGGGAAAAUAUGCAGAGACUCUCCAGACUCCACAGAGAUGUUCCAAUCAAACCAUUAGACAAUGCUGUGUUCUGGAUUGAGUACCUGAUGAGACAUGGAGGUGCAGCUCACCUACGAACACAAUCCUAUAAAAUGCCCUGGUAUUCUUACCACUCUGUAGAUGUUUUAUUGUUCCUCCUGUCUGUUCUUUUAUUUCUAGCCUUCACUACAUAUGUAAUCAUCAGACAUGUCUGCUGUAGGUGGUGCAUUAAGAGAAAAAGGGACUAGAUAAGACUUUGGUUAAAAACACCCGAGAGCUCGCCUUAAGUACAGGUCUACCAUGUUCUGUCAAAUAAAGUAGAAUAGAAUAGAAUAGAAUAGAAUAGAAUAGAAUAGAAUAGAAUAGAAUAGAAUAUUUCAUAUGCACUAUGUGGCCAAAGAUUGUGCCCCGUGACCAUUAUAGCGAUAUCGAUGUUCCAAUUCAUGCCAAAGAUGUUCAGUGGAGUUGAGUUCUGGGAUCUGGACCUGCUGUGAACAUGCAGUGGUCAUAACUACUGUACAUGUACAUUAACCACUCUCACUCUCACUCAUCUUCUACCGCUUAUCCGAACUUCUCGGCACACACACACUCUCAUUCACACACACACACACACACACACUACGGACAAUUUUCCAGAGAU